GGAGACCUGCUGGAUCUCAGAGACCAGGACCAAGAGCGGGAUGGAGGAGGACAACCAGGACCCGGAGCCCCGGAGCAACAACGUCCCCGGAGGACAAACAGCAGGCUCGAGCUCUGAUAGCACCGAUGUUCAGGAGCCAUGUUUCUAAACGGCCUUAGCGACAGUAACUAAGGGGCGGGGCGCCGUCACAGCGAGAACGCGGAGGCUCCGCGGGAUCCGGAAGUGCUCCGAGACCAGAAUCCAGACUCAGUCCAGGACAACACGGUCCACCAGUCACAGACCUGCAGGACGAUGGAGAACCAGAACCCGGACCACAGGAGCCAAACAGCAGCCUCGUGCUCUGAUAGCACCGAUGUUCAGAAACAGAGAGGAAGUGAGAAACCUAGACGUCACCGCUGUCAGCAGUGUGGCGAGUCCUUCACAAGAUCUGGACAUUUAAAGAUUCAUCAGAGACGUCACACUGGAGAGAAACCGUACAGCUGUGACCUGUGUGAGAAAACGUUCACUACACCAGGUCAACAAAGAAAGCACCGACGUGUUCACACUGGAGAGAAACCAUACCGCUGUGACCUGUGUGGGAAAGCGUUCACUACAUUAGGCGUACUAAAACGGCACGUACGUGUUCACACUGGAGAGAAACCGUACAGCUGUGAGCACUGUGGGAAAACCUUCACUACAUCAGAUGACCUAAAAAUCCAUGAACGCAUUCACACUGGAGAGAAACCGUACAGCUGUGAGCACUGUGGAAAAGCCUUCAAUCAAAAAGGUCACCUAAUAACCCAUACACGCGUUCACACUGGAGAGAAACCGUACUGGUGUGAACAAUGUGGGAAAAUGUUUUCCCAGGGUAGUAACCUUAAAAGCCACCAACUUGUUCACACUGGAGAGAAACCGUACAGCUGUGACCAGUGUGGGAAAGCUUUCACUAGACUAUGUUACCUAGAAGUCCACAGAUAUUGUCACACUGGGAGGAAACCAUAUAGCUGUGUCCAAUGUGGGAAAACGUCUACUAGCAAUCAGUUUCUCAAAAGACAUGAAUGCAUUCACACUGAAUCAGUCACUGCAAACAAACUUAAAACCAGCUCUGGUGAGUCAGUUCAUUUCAAACAGAGUCUCCAGCUGCUGAUACAAGCUCCGACAGUCACAAAGGAGACCUGCUGGAUCUCAGAGACCAGGACCAAGAGCGGGAUGGAGGAGGACAACCAGGACCCGGAGCCCCGGAGCAACAACGUCCCCGGAGGACAAACAGCAGGCUCGAGCUCUGAUAGCACCGAUGUUCAGAAACUGAGAGGAAGAGAGGGACUCGAACGUCACCGCUGUCAGCACUGUAACAAAUCCUUCACAAGAUCUGGAUCUUUAAAGAUUCAUCAGAGGCUUCACACUGGAGAGAAACCGUACAGCUGUGACCAGUGUGAGAAAGCUUUUACCACAUCAGACAAACUAAAAGUCCACCGACGCGCUCACACUGGAGAGAAACCGUACAGCUGUGACCAAUGUGAGAAAGCUUUCACUAGCGCAGGUAACCUAAAAGUCCACCAACGUGUUCACACUGGGGAGAAACCUUACUGGUGUGACCAAUGUGGGAAAGCUUUCACUACAUCAAGUAUAUUAAAAGAACAUCAACGGAUUCACACUGGCGAGAAACCGUACAGCUGUGACCAAUGUGGGAAAGCUUUCAUUAGCUCAGGUGGACUAAAAGUCCACCAACGUGUUCAUGCUGGGGUGAAACCCUAUUGGUGUUCCCAAUGUGGGAAAGCUUUUACUACGUCUGGUGUACUAAAAGAGCAUCAACGUAUUCACAGUGGAGAGAAACCAUACAGCUGUGACCAAUGUGCGAAAGCUUUUAUUAGCGCUGGUAUACUUAAAGUACACCAGCGUGUUCACACUGGUGUGAAACCCUAUUGGUGUGACCAAUGUGGGAAAACUUUCACUACAUCAAGUGUACUGAAAGAACAUCAACGUAUUCAUACUGGAGAGAAACCGUACAGCUGUGACCAGUGUGGGAACGCUUUCAUUAGCUCAGGAAGACUAAAAGUCCACCAACGUCUUCACGCUGGAGUGAAACCUUACUGGUGUGACCAAUGUGGGAAAGCUUUCAUUAGCUCAGGUGACCUUAAAAUGCACGAACGUGUUCACACUGGAGAGAAACCUUACAGCUGUGACCAAUGUGGGAAAGCUUUCAUUAGUUCAGGAGACCUUAAAAUCCACCAACGUGUUCACACUGGAGAGAAACCUUACUGUUGUGACCAAUGUGGAAAAGCUUUUUCUCAGCGUAGCAACCUUAAACGCCACAAAGGCAGUCACGCUGCUUCCUUUAGAAAAUUUUUCAGAGCCAGGCCAGCGGUUCCCUCCUGCCUCCUCCUCAUUCCUUGAUAGAUAUAUUUUUAUAUUCUGAGCUUUAGUAACGAUAACGUAAUAUUCUUUGUUAUUGUGUCUAUAAUUACAUCCUAUCUUGCUCUUCCUCCCCCAAAAUCCUGCCGUUGUCACACACUGUAGGUAUGAGGACAUGCCACCCACCCUCACCCAGUCUGCUGGAGGGAGAGUCCUGUAAGAGCCAUGAUUCUCGAUCCACUUGGGUGGAAACAGGGACUACAAAAACACUACAGACAUUUGUGUUCAGUCUGAACAAACCUUUGUUCUUGUGAACGUAUGGUCGUCAUUAUUGGACUGCAUUUUAACUGCUGUUUGCUUUCUGUUAUUUCUGUAAAUGUGUUGCUUUCUGUUGAACUUGCAUCCUGCCAGGGUUGGUGCCGUAAUCAGGGAUGUGAUUUUUUUUUUUCCGGAAUCAGUGGUACGUAACGUGUUGGUAAUACUGUAAUAUUACGUUUCCCAGUAAAGAAUAAUGUAACACUACUGAACGCACCAUCCCUGAUGUGAAUGCGUUACCGUCACCGGUCCUUCUGUUGUUCAAGUCAGCUGUUAGCCAAAAAGCUAAAGGAAGGAUGGAGAACAGGGAGAGAGAGGUAUUUUCGACAGCUGUAAGUAAGGUUAUUACAAUCAUUGUGUCACGAUGCAAAGAACAUUGUCGUCCGUUGUAAACUUUGUGCAACAAGCAAAAAGCUUUUAACUGCGAACCAUUCUACAUUUAUACUUGGGCUAAUGUUAAUUGAAGCAUCAGCUAAAGCAGCUCAGCAAUGUGAAACUCAGAAAGAAACUCCGGCCGCUGCUGCCAGUGCUGCUUGGACUCAUCAGGAGACAGUGGGGUUGUAUCACCCUGUAGUAAGUAGAGUAGCUAAUAUUACUUUUUGAAGGAGUAUAUGCUAAGUAACUAGUAGGUGAAAACUAUAUUAGUUAGAGUUGACUAUAAGGAUUGGAUAAAUUAGGCAUGUUUUGAUUAUUGCUUGUUAUAGCCUAGGCUAUGUCUAAUGUUUAUUUUUUUUACACAACGGCUUCUGUGUGAUUGGCGCGAUCCCAUGAAACUGGCUUCCACUAACUUCCACUGAACUAAUUUGAAAGUUAGUAGUUAUAUUAUUUAGCUAUAGAUGCAAUUUUUUUCAUGUCAGUUGUUGUUUAUCUGUUGAUGUUAAAAACAAAAAGUUAAAAAACAUAAUUAAAAAAAUUAUUAUUUUAGAGAGGCUGUGAUGAUGCUGUGGAUUAGACACUUUGAUUCCCACUGCAACACAUCCACCAAAUAACUUAUUGGCAUGGGUCCUGCUUUACCAUCCAUGUUUUAUUGGUGUGUGGGGGGGUAUCAGUAUAUUUUCUGUGUAAUAAUCUGAGCUGUAGACUUGAGACUUGGACGCAAGUCCUUUUCAAAAUUCUCAUUAAAUUAGUCGACACAAAGAGAA